ACUCAAACAACGACGUCGUUUCAGAUUGAGCUCCUCUUUUCACAGUCGAAGUCAAAACCCUAAAUCUCUCUGCUUCCUUCCCAAAACACGAUUUCAAACGAAACCUCUCGGCGUGAGAUCAGAAACACUCAAAAACAUGAUUCGAGUCACGAGACCAAAACCGAUCAUCGACUCCCUCAGCUACAACCUCAUCCAGAGAUGCUCCGCCGGCGGAACCCCCAAAGGAAAAGCCAAGCUCAAAACAGGCCAGCCACUGAAGCGUAACAAGCUCUCCACCAAGAAAGGCGGCAAAACCCCCGGAGCCGGAGGAGCCGGAGACGGAGAGGAAGCCGCGAAAGGCAAAGGCCGAAUCUCCGACGAAAAGCAGAAGCUCUACGAGCAGUGCCUAAACGCCCCCUGCCCCGUCCGCUCCCUGACCCCGAAAGAAGCCUCUCGCGAGGCCCAGCGCGAGAAGCUGGGCCUGAUCAGCAAGGAGAAGCAGCGAGACACGGAGAUUCAGAAGAAGGGAGGAGCCGCCGCGAUGGGGAGCAUCGCCGACGAGCCGAUCCGGAUCGGGACGGCGGGUCUGGAUUACGUCUCGCUGGGGAUCUUCGGAGCCGACGAGCUGGUGAAGUAUAAGGUGACGGCGGAGGACGGGGAGAGGCUCGCGAAGGAGAACAGUAAGGUGCUGAUGAGGGAGCAUAGGGAGAGGAGGGCUGCGGAGACCGUGUUGUUGAGUAUGAAGAGGGAGGCGAUCGAGGCGUUGCCGGAGAAGCUGAAGGUGGCGGCUUUGGAGCCUGAUUUGACUCCGUUUCCGGCGAAUAGAGGGAUGGCUACGCUUACGCCGCCGAUUGAAGGGUAUCUUGAGAAGGUUAUGGACGCCGCUAAGAAGAGCUCCAGUAAAGAGAAAUUGAGAUGAUUCGUUUUUUUAAAGUUGAUUCUAUAUUCAGAAUGGAACAGAACCGAGAAGUGCCAUAGGCAGAGACUUCAAGAGACUGUUUCUAGGAAUUCCAAGCUUGAGUUAAGAGUAUAAUACAUGCAGCUUCUCGUUUUAUUGUUUCGCAAACUCGACUUCCUCAAGUUGUGUCUUGGAUCUUAAUAAAGAUUUUCUUAAAGCUUUGUCCAGAUCUUGAUAAAUGUUCAAGUCUUUGUAUCUCUGGAUCUUGGUUUUGAAAUUGGUUUUGAUAAUUUCCCCUUAUUUAAAUGA